AGACAAAUAAUCACUUGUUUUAGCUUGUAUGACGUAAUGAGGAUACACCUUUGACUCUAAUGAGGGUAAUUAACACUACAACUCUAAAGAGAGUAUCCUCUGUGGUCGCCACAAUCUACUAUUUCACUCCUUUCUUGAUCAUUUUCUUUUUUUCAGUUGUUCAGUUAUUAAAUGUGAAUGAGUCUUACCUUCUGAAGCUCAUCUUUGGUGAAAUUUGUCAAAAUGGAACUCCAAACACACUUGCAAGCAUAGUUUGUCCAAUUCCGCCUCUGAGGAGGGUUGGCGAGCUCAAGAGUACAAAUGACAGUUACACAAUGCCAGUAAUCGUGGCAACCACGAAAUCUACCACCGGGGUCACGGUAAAAACUGACUAUGCAACCCCUACACCCCUUUACACAAUAGUAGGCAUGUGCAGCAACCACGGGUCAUCAAAUGCAAAUCACUUGAGCAUUCUGAAUGACGUUUGUGAUAUCGUUCAUGGCUCCAUAAACAGCAGUGAAUUGAAGCAGAAAUUGGACGAAGCAAACAGGGACCGUCAUUUGAAUGAUGAUAUUAUAAAAUGGAGUCAUGUCUCAAUACUAAUGCAGAAGCUACCUGUUUCAGGUAAAAUAUGGCAUAUAAAGUGGCUUAUGCAUAUGAACAAGAACAAAACUCUCUCCAAAGUUUUGGACGCCAUGCUCUCUGUAGCAGUGAAAUCCCAAGAAAACAUCAAUCAUCUCAAGGCUAGGACAAACCUGCUCUACGAAUUAGAUGAUCCAUUCCUAUUUGCAGCUCAAACAGCCUUUCCGGUAUUUGUAGAUGCGGAGCUUAAAAUUCAACAGGACUCCCUGAAAAGACUCUUUGCAGCUUUCCCAGAGGCCUUUGUUGCCUUUGUACAUGCAAGGACCUUGGGAUUCAGAAAGGUUAAUUUUUUAACAUUUGAACCGGAUACGGAUAGAUUCACAUUCCUCUCCGUGUAUCUGUGCACUCUCCAAUUGUUGACAACUUAUGUCUUCCCACCAAUCAAAGUUUAUAAUGAAGUCGUAGAUUCAGAUUUUCUGAAUACAAACCGUUCCGUUGGAACGGAAUUUCCCAGUAUACUGCAAGAAUUUGUAAAUGAUAGUUUGUCGAGGGUAUUUCUGGACAAGGUAAUUUUAUCUGUUGACAGCGUUGGCCUAAUGCACGAUGAAAGAGAACUGCUGUUCACGAUAAUGGAAGUUGGAUUGCAGUUUGCAAAUAUAUUCCUCUUGAGGAACUCACCAAUCAAGUUUAUGGACGGCAAUGUGAUAAACAGGAACGUUUUAAUCAAAAGGCUCAGAAAGGGCUUGAUCCUGCUUGGGAAGUUUAUCGCUUCAGACACAAACACAGAUGGUGUUUUGUCCUUUAAGGAGUUCAUAAAUGCAGGUACAAAGGAUCAUGAGACCAUCCUGAGACGAGAACAAGAUAGAGAACCCGAGCAAUCUUCAAUGCGAAAUGUGAGAAUUAUGAGAACCAGAGAGGAUCUAAGGGACAAGGUGGUUGAGGAAUUCAUCCUCUCUGACAUCAACAAGGAUAACUACAUCACAUUGGAAGAAUACAUGGACGUUAUAACCUCUACAGGAUUCCAUCGUCUGACCAUCCACGUCUAGU